AGUUUUAGUGCAGUAACCCUUCAGGACUGGAGGCCUUUGGCCUUGUCCCUAGGCUAACUGGAUGCUUAUGCGGAGGAAGGUGGCCACCCAGCCCCAUGACUGCUUCCUACCCCAUGACUGCUUCCUACCCCAAUGAGCCCUGCAGAAAUGCUGCCGAUGGCUUAACUCUCAUCACAGGAACACACCAGUGAGGGCGACUUAGAGCCAGUCAGAGGGAAAUGGGUCCCAGUCGGUUAGAACGGAGGAUGAGGACCUGAGCUGGUCAAAGUGAGAUGGCUCUAACCUGUCAAAUGGAGGAGGACCCCAGCCAGUCUGGUCUGAGGGAGGAGGGUCCAAGCCUGUCCAAGGGAGGAGGAGGCCAGGCCCACUGAGAGGCCCCUGGAGGACUUGUUUCCCUUGUGGUUUUUUUGUACUUCCUGUUCCCUUGCUCACUGCGGAAGUUCCUCUUCGUACUCUGCACCCAGAGCCUAGGCAGAGAGGACAAGGGCAGGAGGCACCAUGAGUGGGGGCACUGUGGGAGGCAGACCUGGGGGCCAUGGAGGUCCAGGGGUUCAGCAGAAUAUACCCUCAACCCUCCUCCGGGACCACGAGAACCAGCGGCUCUUCGAGAUGCUUGGAAGGAAAUGCUGGACACUAGCCACCGCGGUUGUUCAGCUAUACCUGGCGCUGCCCCCUGGAGCUGAGCACUGGACUAAGGAGCAUUGUGGGGCUGUGUGCUUCGUGAAAGAUAACCCGCAGAAGUCCUACUUCAUCCGACUCUACGGCCUCCAGGCUGGCCGGAUGCUCUGGGAACAGGAGCUGUACUCACAGCUGGUCUACUCCACUCCCACCCCCUUCUUCCACACCUUUGCUGGAGAUGACUGCCAAGCAGGGCUGAACUUUGCGGAUGAGGGGGAGGCCCAGUCCUUCCAAGCCCUGGUACAGGAGAAGAUACGAAAAAGAAAUCAGCGGCAAAGUGGAGACAGACGCCAGCUACUCCCAACACCAGCACCAGCCAAUGAGGAGAGAAGAGGAGGGCUCCCACCCCUGCCCCCACACCCAGGUGGAGACCUAGGGGGCCCACCAGCUGGCCCACCGGCCCUGGGGCUGGUGACAGUAGACAUCCAGAACCCGGACAUCACGAGUUCACGAUACCGUGGGCUCCCAGCACCAGGACCUGGCCCAGUUGACAAGAAACGCUCAGGGAAAAAGAAGAUCAGCAAGGCUGAUAUCGGUGCACCUAGUGGAUUCAAACAUGUCAGCCACGUGGGGUGGGACCCCCAGAAUGGAUUUGAUGUGAAUAAUCUGGACCCAGAUCUCCGGAGCCUGUUCUCCAGAGCAGGGAUCAGUGAGGCCCAGCUCACUGAUGCAGAGACCUCUAAACUUAUCUACGACUUCAUUGAGGACCAGGGCGGGCUGGAGGCUGUGCGGCAGGAGAUGAGGCGCCAAGAGCCACUUCCACCACCGCCACCCCCAUCCCGAGGAGGAAACCAGCCCCCCCGGCCCCCUACUAUGGGGGGUAACAAGGGUCGUUCUGGCCCACUGCCCCCUGUACCUUUGGGGGGUACUCCGCCCCCGCCAACACCACGGGGACCCCCACCCCCAGGCCGAGGGGGCCCUCCACCACCACCCCCUCCAGCCACUGGACGCUCCGGACCACCACCACCACCACCCCCCGGAGCUGGAGGUCCGCCCCUGCCACCACCACCGCCACCACCACCACCUCCACCCAGCUCUGGAGAUGGACCAGUUGCUCCUGCACCCCCUCCUGCUCUGGGGUCUGGGGGAGGCCUGGCCCCUGGUGGGGGUCGGGGGGCACUUUUGGAUCAAAUCCGGCAGGGAAUUCAGCUGAACAAGACUCCAGGGGCCCCAGAGAGCUCAGCACUGCAGCCACCACCACAGAGCUCAGAGGGGCUGGUGGGGGCCCUGAUGCACGUGAUGCAGAAGAGAAGCAGAGCUAUCCAUUCCUCAGAUGAAGGGGAGGACCAGGCCGGUGAUGAGGAUGAGGAUGAUGAAUGGGACGAUUGAGCUGCUAUCCCCAGUGUACCUCCCCAUAGUCCACCUGUGGCUCCCUGCUUCCCACUGGCAGCACCCUACUGUCUGCAUCCAGGCGCUAAGCGCUGUUUCUUCCCAAUCAACCCCCUACCCAGUGCUGUUAUCCCUGACAGGCCCCCACACUCACCCUAGCAAUAGCCAGGCCCCUUUUUGUAUGAAAUUUCUCAAUCCUCCUCACUCAUUUUUGAAACAAAGAUAAAGUAAUUGUCUUUUUGUCUCUCUAAAUCUGAGUUUGCUUAUAUUCCAAAUGUGGUCCCUGUUAUUUAUCUAGCUUUACAUAUAUGCCUUCAUUUAUUCACUUAGUCAUUUAGCCUGGUUUUUUGUUUCCUUCUGUCCUUCUUUCUUUCCACAAACAUUUAUUGCCACUGACUCCUCCCCUUUCCUCCACGACAUCCUCCUCCAAAAAAGGAGUAACUCAAACCUGUCCCUGUGUUUGAAGCUCUUCCCAGGGGAGUAAUUAGAAACUCUUGCACAUUAAAGCCUAAAAUCAAAGAAUUUAACCCUUUGCAUUUCUGAAAUCUGGUAGAUUUAACAUCUCAGGUAUCCUACCUUUAGAGAAGGAGGAGGAGAGGGGCAGGAAGAUAAAGGUGAGGGAGAAUCCAGGUUUCCAAGAGCAGCAGAAGAAUUUCUGAACCAUUGAGGUGGAGGUAGAGGGAGAGGGAGGAAACCAGCUAGACAUUGGGGGCAUUGGGGAUAAGAUAUCAGGAGUGGGAGCUGGCUUUGCCCCUUAAAAAUUCUCCCAGAACCAUGUAAGGGGAAAUUCUCCUUGAGGAGGAGGAGGGGGCGUGUCUCAGGUUUCUUUUAAUUUUUGAAAUAUUUCAUUAUUCCACUCCCACCUUAACCAGCCAGGCUCCCAGCAUGAGCACUGAGUCUAGAAAGGACCUGUCAGGUAUCAAUUACCCCCUCCCCACCCCUGCAGAAAGCCUAGAAAUCCAGUGCUCCAAGACAUCUCCCUUCUGCUGGGUGCUAGGGCCAUUUCUCCACCUUUGGAUAGGAAGGCAUCACCCAACCUCUGAAUCCCCUUGAGCAUGGGCUAGAGAAGGCAGAGACUCGAGGUGAAAGAAUUGACCGCGGGUGAGUUACUUGACCUCUUUGGGCCCCAGUUUCCUCAGUCUUUAAAAUAGAAAUAAAAAUGCUUACCUCAUAGGGCUGUAUUGAGAAUUAAAGUAGAUGGUGUCUGCAAACUGUCUGGAUCAUUGUAGGCAUUUAUAAACAUUAGCUGCCACUAUUGUUGCUGUGGUUGUUAUUGUUAUUACUGAAUUUCACUGACUCUGACUCACCAUUGAUUUAUAAAAUUAUAAAAUACACCAUUAUUUUAUGGAUCACUAAGAAAAGCAAAAAAAAAAAAAACCUACCAAUUAAAUUAUGACCCAA